AUGGAGGCGGGGCUCCAUGGAACCUCCUUCCUCUGCUCCCCAUUGGCUAACACGCGCCCGGGGGCAGUGGGCGGAGCUGCUCCGGUUUGCCGUGAGCGCAGCGAAGGAAUGGAGCGACUCGGGCCGCCGCCGCCGCUGUUGCUGCUGCUGCUCUUCUUGGCGGCGAGCGGGGCGGAACAACCGCGGGACUCCCUGCGGGAAGAGCUGCUGCUCAGCCCGCUCCCGUCGGGGGACGUGGCCGCCACCUUCCAGUUCCGGACGCGCUGGGAUUCCGACUUGCAGCGGGAGGGCGUCUCUCAUUACCGGCUAUUCCCCAAAGCCCUUGGCCAGCUCAUUUCCAAGUACUCGGUGCGCGAAUUGCAUCUCUCCCUCACUCAGGGCUUCUGGCGGACACGGAGCUGGGGACAGCCUUACUUGCAAGCUCCGGCUGGGGCUGAGCUCUGGGUUUGGUUUCAGGAGUCUGUCUCUGACGUUGACAAAGCUUGGAAAGAUCUCAGCAACAUUCUCUCAGGAAUAUUCUGUGCCUCUCUGAACUUCAUUGAUUCCACCAACACUGUCGUUCCAACAGCAUCCUUCAAACCUCUGGGAUUGGCAAAUGUUACAGACCACCGUUUCCUACGAUAUGCUGUCCUGCCCCGUGAAGUUGUCUGCACUGAGAACCUCACACCAUGGAAGAAGCUGCUGCCAUGCAGUUCAAAGGCUGGUCUGGCUGUUCUGCUGAAGGCUGAGCGCUUGUUCCACAGCAGUUACCACUCCCAAGCUGUGCACAUCCGCCCCAUUUGCAGGGAUGCCUUGUGCAUGAGCAUGUCCUGGGAGCUCAGACAGACCCUCAUGGUUGUCUUUGAUUCCUUUGCCAGCGGCUAUGGAAAGAAAGAUUGGUCCCUCUUCAAGAUCUUCUCCCGCACUCUUACUGAAGCAUGCCCACUGGCGUCUCAAAGCAAAGUCUACGUUGACAUUUCCAGUAAAGGCCAGGAGAAAGAGUUACUUGAAGUGUCCCCAGCUCCCUUGUCUGUACAUGAAGCAUCUGUCCAAGGAGACAGGAGAACAUACGCAGUCUAUGAUCUCCUGAAUCCAGGACUCUUUAAUGGCUCUCGCAGUCUCAAUGUGCAACUAAAAUGGAAGCGCCCUCAGGAUGGCUUGGAUCUGGCAGUACCUGUGCUCCAUGCCCAGCGCUAUGUGAGUGGCUAUGGCCUCGAGACAGGAGAAAUCAGCACCCUAAUCUAUAACACACACCCAUACCGAGCUUUCCCUGUGCUUCUGCUGGAGACUGUGCCCUGGUACCUGCGACUCUACAUCCACACGCUGACCAUUAUCACCAAGGGCAAGGAAAACAAACCAAGUUAUAUCCACUACCAGCCAGCUCAGGACCGACAGCGGCCCCAUCUCCUGGAAAUGCUGAUUCAGCUGCCGGCAAACUCUGUCACAAAGAUCACCAUCCAGUUUGAGAGAGCCUUGCUGAAGUGGACAGAAUACACUCCUGACCCCAAUCACGGGUUUUAUGUGAGCCCAUCUGUUCUGAGUGCCCUAGUGCCCAGUGUCAUUGCGAUGAAAGAGGAAGAUGAAGAUCAAAGCCCACUCUUUGCUUCACUGUUUCCUUCCUUGGAUGGCUCCAGCUACUUUGUGCGCCUCUACACAGAACCACUGCUGGUGAACCUGCCGACGCCAGACUUCAGCAUGCCGUAUAAUGUCAUUUGCUUGACCUGCACAGUGGUAGCUGUUUGCUAUGGCUCCUUCUAUAACCUGCUGACCAGAACCUUCCAUGUAGAAGAACCUAACAGAGGAGGCUUAGCCAAGCGACUGGCAAACGUAAUCCGUAAAAUGAGAGGUGUCCCACUUCUUUGAGGGCAGACGAUGCAGCCACUUUUUCAAGGAUCUCUACAGCCAAGGCUUGCUGGGACAAAGCUGCAAGAGGACAGGUGGGCUUAAGGCAGGUGUAACACCUUUUUGCCCUCUAGUUCCUUCACAGCCAGUAAAUCUGCUGUUUGUGCCUGCCUGCCACCAGCAAGGGAAGCAAUCACUGGUACUGGGACUGCAAGAGCAAAAUGCCCAGGGAUGAAGCUUGCUAAUUUAAGGGGAACUUGCAUUUGCUGGAAAAACACUGGAAAUAAACAUGACCUGUUUCUGAACUAUGA